GUCUACUAGCAGUGUAUUAAUCAAUCACCCCUACCAAACGAUUGUUAAAACAUUAAAGUAUUCCCAACACAGAGACAGAGACAAAGCAAUUGGAGCUAGUUUGCCACGAAGCCCUCCUCUUUAUAAACCCACGGACCAGCCACAGAGGUUUCCCCACAUCUCACUCUCCCUCCCUUUCUUUUCCCCCUCUCUCUCUGCUUCAUGUUUCCUCAAUCAACGGGUAAAACAAUGGCUUCCCACCACCACCUGAUGAAAACCAUGCUUCCCCUGCUUCUCCUCCUCGCGACCGUCUUCACCGGAGCAAUGGCUGCUGCACCGAAGAAGCCCGUGAACGUUCCUUUCGGAAGGAACUACGCUCCCACAUGGGCUUUCGAUCACAUCAAGUACUACAAUGGCGGCAACGACAUUCAGCUGGUCUUGGAUAAAUACACCGGGACGGGUUUCCAGUCGAAAGGGUCGUACUUGUUCGGCCACUUCAGUAUGCAGAUCAAGAUGGUUCCCGGAGAUUCCGCCGGAACUGUUACUGCUUUCUAUCUAUCUUCGCAAAACUCGGAGCACGACGAGAUAGAUUUCGAGUUCUUGGGCAACCGGACCGGGCAGCCGUACAUUCUGCAGACCAAUGUGUUCACCGGCGGCAAGGGGGAUAGGGAACAGAGGAUCUUCCUCUGGUUCGACCCAACCAAGGCUUACCAUUCCUACUCUGUUCUCUGGAACAACUAUCUCAUUGCCUUCUUCGUGGACGACAUACCGAUCCGGGUGUUCAAGAACCUGAAGAACCUGGGGGUGAAGUUCCCGUUCGAGCAGCCGAUGAAGAUCUACUCCAGCCUCUGGAACGCCGACGACUGGGCCACGCGCGGCGGGCUCGAGAAGACGGACUGGUCCAAGGCCCCGUUCAUCGCGGCGUACAAGGGGUUCCACGUGGACGGCUGCGAGGCGUCGGUGCAGGCCAAGUUCUGCGCCACCCAGGGGAAGCGGUGGUGGGACCAGAAGGAGUUCCAGGACCUGGACGCGUACCAGUACCGCCGCCUCCGCUGGGUGCGCAAGAAGUUCACCAUCUACAACUACUGCCAGGACCGGGUCAGGUACCCGGUUUUGCCCAAGGAGUGCAAACCCGACCGGGAUAUCUGAGUGACCCGACCGGGUUGGUCGAGUGAGUGGUUAUAAUUAUUAUUAUGAUAUAAUAAUAUAUAUUAUGUGUACUGUGAUUGGUGAUUAAUUACUACUACUACUACUAUUAAUUAAGAGAGCAUGGUGGUGUGCUGUAACCACUGUCGCUUUUAUUAUCUAUUAUUAUAGUAUUUGAGAUUUGAUGUGUUACUGUUGUUGUUAUUGUGAUUGUUGGAUUAAUUAAAUCGAUUAAUUAUUCGGCGAGAUCUAGCACUUUGGACCGUGAUUGGAUCUGGUUAUGAUGGUGUUGAGACUGUGGAGUGAAUAAGAAACCAACACAUU